CUGGAUCCGCCGGUGCGCUCGGACCGUGCACCUGCAUCCCUGCCUGAGCCUGCGCGGACCCCCCCCGUGCACCCGGAUCUGAUCCCCAGCCUCGUGCCUGGACCUGUGCGUGCCCCUGGCUGGCAACAGAGUGACCGUGGGUCACCACGGUGUCGCACGCGGGGCCAUGUUAUCUGCCCUGCAGUGUUUCAUUCUUUCAUGGUUGUUACGGGCUGGAGGGGACCUUACAGAUCAUCAGGUCUGCCGGCCCCCCCACUCCCGUGCUUGGGCAGGGAAGGCUGCUGGGGUCAGAUGCACAACGCAUGGAUGCAUGCAGAGGUGGUGCAGUCAGAGGUGUACAGUCCAGUACACCUGGGGUGUGUUGAAUGCUAGUAGUGGUCCAUCUCCAGCCCAUGCAGUCCUGUCAUCCAGCCUCCCCGUGGGACCUGACAGGCUCCUCAGGGGACCAGAGGCUUGUCAGCAGGGAAGUGACAGUGCUUCCCUGCCACCAGAUCUCCAGAGCUAUGGGGAGUGCUACAGGCCAGAUGACACAUUGCAUGGGGUGGAGAUUGAGCUGGUCACCCCCUUCUCCAAGAAGGGAUUUAGGGAAGGGCAAGGAGUAGGAUUUGUCCUAGGCUGGUAAAUAAGGGUACUCCAGUGAACAGGGAAGUCAUCAGUGAGUCCACAAAUAACUUCAGAGGUUGAGUCAAGAUCAACGUGUUCAACAACAGAUGUGGUGAAUAGUUCAGGGAGGAAGGAACAGGAAGAUCCUGGUGAUGUAGGAUCACAGGUCUGUCUUGUCUGUCUCUCAUCUAUACACCUCUUAGUGAAGUGAAUUUGCUCAAAAUGUUUGAUGCCUUGUCAUGCAUCACGCUGCUACAGGGGCUGACUCAGUGCUGGAGUUUCCCAGGUAUUGAUGCUACUAUGACAUUUCUUCAGAUUGGCCUUUGAGAUGUCCUUGCAUCUCUUCCUUGCCCACCCCUAGAGGGGUGACCAUCGGUGAUUUGGGAGCAUAGGACAUGUUUUGUGAGCUGGUUAUUGGCCAUCCUAUGACGUGUCCUUUCCAACGGAGCUAGUGCUGUGUAAACACAGUUUUAAUGCUGGUGGUGUUUGCUUGAACCAGAAGACAGGCGUUCAUUCAUCUGUCCUUCCAGCUGGUAUGGAGGAUUUUUCACAGGCAUCGCCGAUGGCAGUGAUCCAAAGCUUCCAGGGGUUUCUGCUACGUUGUCCAAGUUCCCCACUCCUACAACAAGGAACAUGGCUGCCUUUCAGCAAAAGAUCUUAAAUAUGGUCAAGAGUUUUAGAAGACAAUGGCAUCUAUUUUCAGACUCGGAAAGAACAACUGUGUGUGGAGCAGACUGUAUGCUUAUGGCUUUACAGCUUUCAAUGGCUGAGGUCAAUAAACAGAACUGUGGAGACUUCACAGUAUUGCUAAGUGAUGUGUUGGAAACAUGGAAAUACUUUCUACGUGACAAACUGGGAUUAUCAUGUGACGACAUGGAAGCACCUGUACAUUAUGCUGACAUUAGAAAAGCUUAUGAUACAUUCUUAAAGAGCAGCAAUCUGUUGGAUCUAAUAGAGAUAUGUCAGAAAUGUCAUAUGCUAAUACCUGAAAGUGAAGAGAUCCCUCCAGUUCAGUUCCUGGAAUUCAUAUCUGGAAUACCAGACUUGGUAGAAGAAAAUAGUACUGUUCUUUGUACAUCCUCUACACCAGUCACCAGACACAGCCAGGACAAUAUGAAGGUGCUACUGAUGGUGAAGAAGUUUUUUUGUGCAUAUUUAAGCCUGUUGGUGAAUUCUAAGAAUGAUCUGGCGUUGGCUCAUGUUCUAAAUGUUCCUGAAAGAGGGCUUGGAAGAGAAGCUUUCACUGACCUGAAGCACGCUGCACAAGAAAGACAAAUGUCCAUUUUUCUGGUGGCAACAUCUUUCAUCCGAACCAUAGAACUUGGAGGCAAAGGUUAUGCACCUUCACUGUUUGAUCUUUUAAGGACCCAUGUAAAGGGACUUUCAGACUUCGUUAAUUUUAUUGACAAAUUGGAAGAAAUUGUCGGUGAAGUCCUGGAUCCAAGAAUUGCGGGGGGGCGAAUUCUAUCGACAGUCAAGAAGCAUUUGAUAAAAGGACGAAACAGCAGGGAUCCUUUCUGUCAAGCAGCUGAGGAAGUUGUACAUGAUUUGGAUUUAAGGAUUAAAAAUAUUAUCAAUUCUCAACAUGAAGCCAUGACUGCUAGCACCACUGGAAUCAGUCCAGCCCGGCCAAAAUUACAUGCCAUAAAUCAUGGCACGGCAUACUGUGGCAGAGAUACUGUGAAGGCCUUACUAGUUCUUUUGGAUGAAGAAGCUAUCAAUCCUCCUACCAAAAACAAAGCAGAACUUUUAUAUGAUGAUGAAAAUGUAACUUCAUUUGGAAUCACCUCUGUUUUGACACUGUUCAGGUCUCCAUCUCAGCCUAGGGGAUCUUCUCCAAAACCUCUCAGGCAACGUAUUAAAAAACUUGAGGAAGAAAGUAAAUUUAAGAUGAAGCAACCCUUAAUCAGGUCUCAGUUUGCAUGUACGUAUAAAGAUGACUUGACUAAGAAGAAGAGUCUGCAUUUUUUCAGUAGCAGCGAAAGCCCAACUUGCAUACACCCAGCACAAAAACAAGACCCUGCUCUCCCUCUAAAAGAUGAACCUUUUGCAGGUAUGAAUUCAGAUUUUGAAAGACAAGCAUUUGGAACUAAAUCUGAAAAUAUUCACCAGAAUGGAAGUAAAAGUAAAAAAGAAGAUGCAAAGCUGAGCUGUCAGCUAAGAAACAAGAGCACAAAGAGGAAACAAGUGGAUCUGAAUAAAGAAGUCAUCUGUAAUAAUGAUAAUGAACCAUCUCAGGAUACAAAUAUUAAGAGACCUAAGACUUCAAACAACCCUCAGAAGAAAUUGGACAGCAAAUUGGAUAGAGCAGGAAAAAGCAACAAAACUACAGCCAAGACUAAAUUGAUUUCUGGUCAGGCAAAAUUAACUCAUUUUUUUAGAUCAUGAAUCUUAUUUUUAUUUUGACACAUAUAAUUGUUUUACUAUUACAUAAUAAACAUGGUAAGUUUUGCAAGAACAAGACAACAGAUGCACAAAUACCUUGACUUCAUUGUGUAUGGUAAUGUGAAUAGCAUACAUAUACUAUUAAACAAAUAUAUCUACAAAUCUGAA